GAGGAGUCAAAGGAAAGAGGAAGAUGUUCUCGUUUUCUUUACGAUGUCGGAUUGGAGUUAUCAGAGGAAGGGUUAAAGAUGAUGUGCCAUACACAAAGGGAAGCAAAGAUUCUGCAAGUGACAGCAGUGGCCUCAACAAGAGGAGUAGCAUUGCUGAUGAGCAGAGAGGUGUGACGACAGUGGAACUGAUUAAAAAAGAGGGCACCAGUCUCGGCCUCACGAUCUCCGGAGGUUGUGACAAGGACGGCAAGCCAAGAGUGUCGAACCUAAGACCUGGAGGUCUCGCGAUCCGGAGUGACCAACUCAAUGGUGGGGACUACAUAAAGUCAGUGAACGGCAUAAACCUAUCCAAACUCAGACAUGAUGAGAUCAUCAGCAUGCUGAAGAACAUCGGUGAGCGUGUGGUGCUGGAGGUGGAGUACGAGCUGCCGCCAUUCGCUCCCAGCAGUCCCUGUAGCGUCAUCUCUAAAACUAUCGAAGUGUGCUUGGAAAAAGAAGGAAACAGCUUUGGCUUCGUUCUGAGAGGGGGCUUUCAUGAGGACUGGCAUAAGGCUCGACCUCUAGUAGUGACCUACGUCAGGCCCGGCGGACCCGCAGACAGAGAGGGUACCCUGCGAGCGGGCGACCGAGUGUUGAGCGUGAACGGUGUUGCUGUGAACAGACAGAAACAUGCUGACGCUCUGACCCUGAUCAUGCAGAGCAGCCAGGAGGCUUUCUUCCUCAUCGAGUACGACAUCAUGGUCAUGGACUCAGUCCAGAAGUUGUCUGGGCCACUCCAGGUGGACAUUGCCCACUCCGCAGGUUCAGUACUGGGACUCAGUCUCACUACCUCCCUCUACAGGAACAAACAGGUCAUUACAAUCCAGAAAAUCAAACCUGCUAGUGUUGCGGACAGAUGUGGUGCUUUGCAUGUGGGAGAUAUUCUCCUGGCUAUAGAUGGCAUGAGCACAGAGCACUGCUCUCUGAUGGAGGCUCAGCAGCUCCUGUCCAGCUCCUCAGAGCUCACCAAACUAGAGAUCCUGCCCUCUCAACACUGCUCACAUGAUACAGUACGUGUCCAGAGGAGUAGUCAGCGUCAGUGGGACUCUAGUGACAACUACAUCAGCGCUCCUCCACCUUUCCAAAAAACACCCUCGGCCUGGAGUCACACCACCCCUACACCCUCACACCGAUCUGUGACGUCUGGCAUAUCUGCAAACACAUCAGGCUUUCACAGUUACAGCUGUAGCACCCAGUCGACGUACCCCAACACCUUCCCCAGCAGCACCCUGCCCUCCUACCCAUCCAGCCCUCGCUGCACCGCCACCAAGAGGAGACAAAGGAGAAGAGACCACAAGAGCUCCUUGUCUCUGGCGACGAGUACAGUGGGCGCCGGAGGUCAGGUGGUGCAUAUAGAAACCAGUGAGGUGCUUCUGAGAGGAGAUCCUCUUUCUGGAUUCGGCCUGCAGUUACAGGGGGGAGUGUUUGCUACAGAACCGCUGUCAGCGCCUGCCUGUGUUCGCUUUAUAGAGCCUGACACACCUGCUGAAAGGUGUGGUGUGUUACAAAUUGGAGAUAGAAUUCUUUCCAUUAAUGGAAUUCCCACUGAAGAUGGAACACUGGAAGAGGCCAAUCAGCUGCUCCGAGAUGCAGCACUGGCCAAUAAGGUCAUACUGGAGGUGGAGUUUGAUGUAGCAGAAUCAGUCAUUCCCAGUAGUGGCACAUUUCAGGUUAAGUUGCCCAAGAGACGUGGAGUGGAGCUGGGCAUUACGAUCAGUGUGAGCAAGAAGCCAGGAAAACCUUUGAUCAUCUCUGAGAUACAGAGCGGCAGUAUUGCACACAGAAUAGGAACCCUGGAGCCAGGUGAUCGUCUGCUGGCCGUUGAUAAUGUUCGGCUGGAUAAUUGUGGGAUGGAUGAGGCCAUGAUGGUCCUCCAGCAGGCCGAGGGGAUGGUCAAACUGCGGAUUCAGAAAGACGAAGACAACCUGGAUGAAUUAGAGUCUUCCGGUUCAGUCAUAUUCACAGUAGAGCUCAAGAGACACGGAGGUCCUCUUGGAAUCACCAUUUCAGGCACUGAAGAGCCCUUCAACCCCAUCCUGAUCUCCAGCCUGACCCGCAACGGCCUCGCACACAGAUCUGUCAGUCCCGCACGCUGUCACAGCCACAACAAUAGAGAUGCUCAGGAGAACUAUUGGUCACAAGCUCUUCAGGACCUGGAGACCUGCGGCCAAUCGGAAAUCCUGCGGGAACUUGAGGCUACUAUAAUGUCAGGCAGCACGCUGAGUUUAGGAGAAGACAGCGAGAAGCAGAAUGAAGGCAGGACCAAAGCUCUCUCAUUGAGCCCAGAGAGGACCUCAGAGAACACCGCUGUACUGGAAGACAUGAAGGACACCAGCCCAUCAAUGCCAUUAGAGCUUCAUAAGAUCUGUAUGCAGAAGGAUGUUGACAGCAGGGAUUUUGGGUUCAGCGUGUCCGACGGUCUGCUGGAAAAGGGUGUUUAUGUGAACAUGAUCCGUCCAGAUGGGCCUGCGGACCAAGCUGGGUUACGCCCAUAUGACCGUAUUCUACAGGUCAAUCACGCACGGACACGUGAUUUUAACUGUUGUCUAGCUGUGCCGUUGAUCACAGAGGCCGGAGAGCAUCUGCAGCUGGUCAUUAGCAGAAACCCUCUCGCUCAGGCACACGUUUGGCCACCUAAAAACUGUCAGGACCCUUCUAAACUGUCUGUGGUUUCUGCACACAAUCCGAGAAGAGUUGACCUCUGAUGAGCAACACAAACACAGAGCACAAUUUUCAGUUUCACACAAAUGGUUCUCUCUCUCAACUGCACAGUGGACACGUUAGCACUACUUUGUCAAUAUGUAUUUGAUCAUUUUCAAACUUUUUUUUUCUCACAAGUGAGGACCCACUACUGAUUUUUCAUGCUUUUUUAAAAUCAUCCCGCACCAAACAAGCCACAUCUUCAAAGUUGAUUUGACCAUUCACAGUGGCACGUGACUUUCGUUUGUACACUUUGUUCAUACAUGCCACUUUUGUUUGUAUUAUAAAUGAAUAACACACUCUAUUAGUUUCUGCUGUCAACAAGACCACUUUGAUGUGGAUGCAGGUUUUCACAAAACACAGAAACUUCAAGCCAUCCGUUGUCUGUUCAGACGAUAAAAAUCUUUCUCUGAGAUCAAAACCAUGACAGUUUGACAAUCGAUUUUUUGAAUUUUUCUUAAUGAGAAGCUACAAUUUUACCCUUUCCAAGAGUGACGUCUUGAUAUGAAUGUUUCAGGUGCAUGUGACGCGGUUCGGUGAUGUCAUUUGCGUAUCAUAAGGCGCUUUAUGUCUUUAUGUCCUGAUACAAACCAGGAGUAAAUUCAGAUUUGAAGUGAAGUCCUUCAAAGGAGCUUGUUUUAAGUCUAACUUUUAAAAGCAGAUCCAUCUCUGUAUAUUGUUUACCCACAAUCCUCUAUUCUGUGUAUAAACCCUUUUUCCUGGAUGUUAAAUAUGUAGAAUGCUAUGAAUAAGAUGUACAUUUAAUAUUCUUGGGUUAGAAAUGAUCAUUUCCUUUUUUAAAGAAAAU